AUGAACGAAGGACCCUCGCACGAACCCCCGGCGCUGCCAGCGGGAUGGAUCGCCCAGUGGGAUGCCGAGUCGGGGAAAUACUACUUCGUCGAGCUCUCUACCCGGCAGACGCGCUGGGAUGUGCCCACGGCCGGCUCCUCAAGCACGCCGCAUGAAGAGCGCUCGAAUUCGGGCUUUGGACAGCAGCAGAAGCCCGGAGAGGGCACGAGAGGCAUGGGAGGAGAUGGACCGGAGGGAGAGAGAGGAUUGGGGAGCAUGGCCAUGAAAUACGCCAUGGGAUCCGGGUCGGGAAAACAGAGUAGUGGUAGCAGCGGACUCGUCGGGAUGGCGGGGUCUUUGCUGGGAGGUGGGAAACAAAGCAGUAGCAGCGGUAGCAGCGGACUUGUUGGCCUCGCCGGGUCGCUGCUAGGUGGCGGAAAGCAAAGCAGCAGCAGCGGCAGUGGAGGGUCAGGCGGCCUGGCUGGGAUGGCCAGCAGCUUCUUGGGAGGGGGGAAGCAGAGCAGCCAGAGUCAGAGCCAGAGCCAGAGCCAGAGCCAGAGCCAGAGCCAUGGACAGUAUGGAGGGUCGUCGCAGCAGCAGAGCGGGAAUUAUAGCGGUGACCAGACUGGCAAUUACAGUGGUGCUCAUCAGCAACAGGGAAGCAGCAGCGGAGGAGGUCUGAUGGGGAGGGUUGGUGGACUUAUGGGCGGAACUCAUGGACAGCAGGGACAGGGCGGGUAUGGAUACUCUGGCAGCGACCAGCAGGGCAGUUACCAGGGACAAGCACCGCCUCCUUCGUACACCCCUGGUGGUUCAUCAUCGACGCCCACAUACGGCGGCGCCCAGGGACAUGACUCCAAAUACGGCAGCGACAACAAGUACAGCAGCGAUAACAAGUACGGCAGCGACAACAAAUAUGGCAGCGACAACAAAUACAACGGCAGCCAGCAGCAACAGCAACCUCCCUACGGCGGUCCUCCACCAAACACAAACUACAACUCCCAGCAGCAGCAACAGUACCCGCCACCACCACCACAGCAGCAGCCCUACGGCCAGGAGCAGCACCAGUACGGUGCCCCGCCCCCAGUCCCAGGCGCGUACGGCCAGCAGCCUCCGCAUCAGCAGUACGGACAGCAUACGCCGGGCGGCUUCCCGGGAGCGGAGCAGGGCGGGACAGUGCCAGGGAACCUGCCGAAGCCGGAGGGGAAGCAUCACUUUGGGAGAUCGCAUGAGGGGGGGUUGUAUGGCGGACAGCAGGGCGGAAAGAAACAUGAUGAAGGCCAUCAGGGCGGACAGUAUCCGCCGCAGGGGGGGUACCCUCCGCCGCCACCUGGUGGGGGUGGGUAUCAACAGCAGGGAGGGUAUCCGCCACCACCACAAUACCCACCGCAGUAUUGAGGGGGAUAAGGGGCAAGGCAGAAGUGGUAGAUAUUGAAGAUCGAUUAGAAUUUAGCAAAUGACUAUGUUGAAAUUAUAUGGUAGCUGUAAUACACCACCCUUCAUUCAGC